AUGAAACCGUCAUCCUCGCUUCGGGCGAUCCGACCCGGCGCCCUGACAACUCCCUCCCCGUCCACGCCUUUGUGGCUCGUCUCGACGAGAUCUUACGCGUCCAGCAACGGAGCGACGGCGGCGUCCACGCCAAAGCGCCGGAGCGUCACCCCGUUCAACGACACUGGGUUCGUGCCUUGGAAUGAGCUUUCGGCGACGGAGAAGACGGCUCGCGCGACGCAGCAAAGCUUCAACUUUGGCCUGGUUAUGGUCGGCCUCGUGCUCACGGGCGGAGUCGGCUAUUUUCUCUGGACCGACGUCUUUUCCCCCGACAGCAAGACAGCCCAGUUCAACCGCGCCGUCAACAAGAUCAAGAAGGAUUCGAGAUGCAUUGAGCUUCUCGGCGACCCCAAGCACGUCAUGGCCCACGGCGACGAAAACUUCAACAAGUGGCGGCGAGCCCGCCCUAUUGCAUCCUCCGAGAGGACCGACCCUCAAGGGAAUGCGCACAUGGUGAUGCACUUUCACGUCGACGGUCCGCUGCAAAACGGUGUCGCGCAGCUACACAUGGUGAAGCGACGCGGCGAAAGCGACUACGAGUACAAAUACCUGUUCCUGGACGUCAAGGGCCACGAGCGCAUCUAUCUGGAGAAUGCAGAAUCAAAGCCCAGCACGGGAAAGAAGCAACUAAGCUUCUUUGGUGUCAAAUGGAGCUGA